GGAGGAACCAGAAGCUAACAGCAGGAGGAGGAGCAGCAGUGGAAAGAGGAGAGCUUCAACGUCACACUCCAGAAAUGAAAGUUAAGAUUGUCAGGGUGUCGGCCGCGCUGCAGUCCAGACAAGUCUCUGUUUCUCUCUGGAAGACAAGUCAAAGGGACUUCAUCAGGUCUUUGUCCACAGCCCAGCAGAGUCUCUGGACCACUGAUAUGGCUGCUGCAAACUAUCUGCCAACUGAAGAUCAGUUUCAGUGCUCCAUCUGUCUGGAUGUGUUCACUGAUCCUGUCACCAUACCAUGUGGACACAACUUCUGCAAAACCUGCAUCACUGAACACUGGGAUACUACUGACCAGUACCUGUGUCCGAUGUGUAAAGAGGCUUUUAAGACGAGACCUGAUUUUAGGAUCAACACUUUGCUUUCUGAGAUGGUCGCUCAGUUCAGACAGUCAGCUCAACAGAAAGCCAGCAGCAGCAGCUCAGAGCAACAAGUGUCCAAACCGGGAGAAGUUCCCUGUGACGUCUGCACUGGAACCAAACUGAAGGCCCUGAAGUCCUGCCUGGUGUGUCUGGUCUCCUACUGUGAGACUCACCUGGAGCCUCAUCUGACCAUGUCAGGUCUGAAAAGACAUCAGCUGAUCGACCCUGUGGAGAACCUGGAAGGCAGGAUGUGUACGGAGCACGAUAAACCUCUGGAGCUGUUCUGUAAGACCGACCAGACAUGUGUCUGCAUGCUCUGCACUGUUUUAGACCACAAGACGCAUGAUGUUGUUCCUCUGAAAGAAGGAUAUGAAGGAAAGAAGGCAGAGCUGGGGAAGACAGAGGCUGAAAUCCAGCAGAUGAUCCAGAAGAGACGACUGAAGGUUCAGCAGAUCAAACAGUCAGUGGAGCUCAGUGAGGAAGCUGCAGACAGAGAGAUAGCAGAAGGUGUUCAGGUCUUCACUUCUCUGAAGGAGUCUGUUGAGAGAGGCCUGAAUGAGCUCAUCAACACCAUCAAAGAGAAGCAGAAAACAAGAGAAAAACAGGCCGAAGCUUUCAUCACAGAGCUGGAACAGGAAAUCUCUGAGCUGAUGAAGAGAAGCACUGAGGUGGAGCAGCUCUCACGCUCUGAAGACCAUCUCCAUCUUCUCCAGAGGGUCCAGUUCCUAAACACCAACCACCCUCCACCCACCAAGGACUCGACAGACGUCAGUGUUCGUCCAUCAUCAUAUGAGGGGACUGUGGUGAAAGCUGUGGCUCAGCUGGAGGACACACUCAGUGAAGAGAUGAAGAAGCUGGUUGAGUCUGAGCUGAAGAGGGUCCAGCAGUAUGCAGUGGAUGUGACUCUUGAUCCUGAUACAGCAAAUCCUGGUCUCAUCCUGUCUGAUGAUGGGAAACAAGUACGUCCUAGUAAGGUUAAGAAGAAUCUCCCAGACAACCCAGAGAGGUUUUCAGCUUGUACUUGUGUUUUAGGAAAACAGAGUUUCUCUUCAGGCAGAUUUUACUUUGAGGUUCAAGUUAAAGGAAAGACUGAAUGGACCUUAGGAGUGGCCAGAGAGUCGAUCAACAGGAAGGGAAUCGUCACAGCGAGCCCUGAGGAUGGUAACUGGACUAUAAUGUUGAGAAAGGAAAAUGAGUACACAGCUGGUGCUAACCCUUUAGUCCUUCUCUUUCUGAAGUCUCCUCCUCAGAAGGUGGGGGUGUUUGUGGACUAUGAGGAGGGUCUGGUCUCCUUUUAUGACGUAGAUGCUGCAGCUCUUAUCUACUCCUUUACUGGCUGCUCCUUCACUGACAAACUCUUGCCGUUCCUUAGUCCACGUUUUGAAGGUAGUAAAAACUCUGCCCCUCUGAUCAUCACUCCUGUCAGAGUCAACUAAUCACUCAUCUUAUUUCAUUUAUUUUCGUUUAAGGGGAUUCACUGCAUGUGAAUAGGAAAACUAAUAGAAACUAAAACUAAUAGAAACCUCCCUAGUUGAUUACUUACAUUAAGACAAUUGUCUUUCGUAUUUAAAGUUUUCAGAAAUUCUGUUUACAUAUGCAAAUGCAACCACAUUUAAUGCUAACUUGGUUGAUUUAGGAAAUAUUUACAGGUGCAGAAAGACAAAGGGUAGUAAAAUAAACACCUUUAUGUGUAUUUUGGAUAUUUUUCACCACCAGUCCAAA